GAAUUGCACUUAACGGAGCAGGGGGCGACUGGAUUACGCAAAGCUCAUUUCAGGACCUUGACCGACAUCCCACGGAAGGCUAUCCUGUUGCCAUUGAAAGGUCCUGACGUCCCCGGCACUGCAAAGACGGGAAGCGGGAAAAUGUUGGCAUCCCUGGUUCCUGUGAGAGAACUCCCAGCUUUCUGGUGCGCGGUCAGGUCCCUGACAAGAGCAGGUUUUGGAAAUUCUCUAUCCGAGGAGAUGGACCGCUGUGGAUGGUUUGGGCCCACUCUUUAUCUCACCUACCCGCGAGCCCGCGCCACAGAUAUUCGACGUUCUGUGAAAAAUGAGGAGAGAGUAUACAUUCUCCCCUGACCUUGUUAUCGGGGGAAGGGAAUUGAGGGAUGAACAGGAAGCCCUCCACAGGGUGAAUAUCGUCGUCUGCACGCUUGGGCGAAUGGUACAACACAUGGACUAGACCGUCGGGCUUAUGCUAGACAAUGUUCAAGGGUUGGUUUUGGAUGAGGCCAAUAGGAUCCUCGACAUGGGCUUCCUAAAGACUUUAGACGGCAUCAUAGAGAAUUUGCCGAAAGAGAGGCAAACCUUGCUGUUCAGCGGGACACAAAUGAAGAGUCUUUCGGACCUCGCAAGCUAAGGAUUGAAGGGUGUGGAAUACCUUACUGUCCGUGAAGCCGGAGGAGCCGCUACUUCGGCUACCCCGACGGGUUUGGACCAGUUCUACAUGAUCACUCCUUUGCCGGACAGGCUGAAUACCUUGUUCGCCUUUCUCUGGAAUGAUUUGCAGUCGGAAAUGAUGGUAUUCAUGAGCUCCUGUAAACCGGUCCGUUUCGUGUACGAGACUUUUAGGCAACUGCACAUUAAUAUUCCACUUCUGCAUCUCCACGGAAAGCAAAAAUAAGCGCUAGGACAGACGUAACAGCAAAACUUUCUCCCGGGAAGCCAAGUUGUUUAUUCUCUACUCACGUGGUUGUGAGAGGCUUGCACUUUCCAGCACUGGAUUGGGUUAUUUAGUUGGCUGGGCCGGAGGAUGCUGAUACGUAUAUCCAUCGUGUUGCGCAACCUGCUAGAUUUGAAAAGGCUAGAAAGGCACUUCUGUUCCUGUGUCCAAGCGAAGAGAAAUUUGCAGACAGGUUGGUUAGCAGGCAGGUUCCGAUCAAUCAAGUUUGCCAGAAAAACUCUAAAAAGCAGCACAUUCAUAACCAAUUUAACCGAGUA